AUGUUUCUGAGGAGGAUGGCGCGGCCGCUGAUGAUGAUGGCAAAAGUGAAGGAGACGACGGGCAUAGUCGGUCUCGAGGUGGUUCCCAACGCCCGUGAGGUGCUCAUCGGGCUCUACAACAAAACCUUAACGGAGAUCAAGGCGGUCCCCGAGGACGAAGGCUACCGUAAAGCCGUUGAGAGCUUCACGCGCCACCGCCUAAAGGUCUGUCAGGAGGAAGAGGACUGGGAGACCAUCGAGAAGCGCUUAGGAUGCGGCCAGGUCGAGGAGCUGAUUGAAGAAGCCCAGGAUGAGCUCAAGCUAAUCGGUCACAUGACAGAGUGGAACCCUUGGGGUGUUCCCGACGACUAUGAAUGUGAAGUUAUUGAGAAUGAUGCUCCAGUGCCUAAGCAUGUCCCCCUGCAUCGACCAGGUCCUCUUCCUGAGGAGUUCUAUAAGACAUUGGGGGCUGUUACCACUGGCACCUUAGAGGAUGCUGUUUCACGCUCCAAGGAUGAGCCUGCAAUUACCUCAGGCGAAUCACAAUCAAAAUAG